GCGCUUCUGCGGACCGAAACAUCGACCGAAGCAGUCUCGCCCUAGCCGCUGGCCCAUCUAGCCACUGCGUUUGCUCCGUAAUGUAACCGACUUAUCAUUUUGUUAUAAUAUGUAAACUAGUUGUCAUUCUGCUUCUAAACCGCCUUAUUUCUAAUAUUCUGCGCCUCUUGCUCAGCGCAAGUCUCACCAUAGCCUCCAGCCAACCCAUGUAUUCAAUACAGUUCUCUUACUAACUACAUUUGUACGGAGCACGGGUCAGCGAGUCUGUGUCAUGGAUAGUGCAAGGUCUGGACACUCUCAGCAAUGGGGAGCAAGAGAAAGAGCACUUCUCUCUUUGGGCAUGAUGAUCAACACGCGCGAUCCGAAUUUUCUACGCAAGGUUUACUACCGCGACGAUUGGAGCGACGUCAUGGCCAAGAAGGGUGCAAGGGAGGUCCUAAGGGGUGUCAGGUACCCGGAUGACGGCACCAGGCGGUCUCUGUACGCGUCCUGGCUGAGGAUCUUUGCCUCGGGUGUGUGGCACGAUUCGUUUGACCACCUCAUGCUCGAGUGCGUGGCUGCCACGCCGUCACCGACGACUCCUCGCACACCUCUCUUCGCUGACAUCUUCAAGGUACGUGAUCCCGUCGACCGGUCCCCACCCUUAGGACCUGUCUUGAACCUCCCCGAUAUUCCGACCCUCUUCGGACGGAAACCUGAGGAGGUCGAGCCUCUACCUGACUCGCCGGGCUUGAUCACCUUCUUGGCGGACCUGAUACGGAAGAGUCGGAAUAGUCGUGAGGCUCUCGACGAAGCUGGAAUGAUCAUCGGCUUCUACAGCCUCGCACUAGCCGUCGUCGUAGCCAAAUCGGUCAGGGACGUGGACGAAUUCUUUUGGAGACGGAUGAAGAGGGCAUUGGCCGUGGCGGUGCCGACGUCGUUCGACGGAGACGCGUACUGCCCCAACGGGAGGUUCUUAACGCCGCUCGCUCUCAAAGGCGACCGUGGCGUGGUGAAGCCUUACAUCGUGCUCCUGGUCCUCGGUCAGUACGCCUACCACGCCAACAGCGACGCUGACUCGAGUGCUGACCAAAGAUUCCUGGAAGAAGGCUUCCUGACGCAAGCAAAGUUCGGCCACCUCGAAGUAGUGAAGCUCCUCUAUGACGUGCAGGAUAAGACUGGACUCAGCGCCGCGAGUCUAAACCGAAUCCUAUGCAAAGGCCACGGAAACGAUGAUCCCAUCUCGAACUCCUGCUUACGCGUUGCAAGCUUUCUCAAGGGCGCGGAGGACCCUACGCAGCGUACGAGACCCUGGAGUCGCGCGUCCAACUACUACCACUUCGCAGACCUGGACCUAGACGACAACAUGGAGUAUGCCAUGCGGCUGACAGCGAUCCUGGCGCCUGACCCUAACGACCAGCGGUGGCAGGACUUUCCGGACGCCGCUCGGCCAAGCAUGAAAGACGCGCGACUUUGGGCCAAGGGCUUCAGUCGGGCUUUGCGCAAAGGAAAGUUUGCUGGACUCGCCAAGUGAGCCGGAGUCGCAGCCUGAUUCGGUGGUCUAGUGAGCCCAACCUGGGAUGAUAUUCUGGAGAGUGUGAAAUUGCGCCACGUUGUCGAAUUCGCCGUCUUGCAAGCUCUCAUUGAUCCAGAGGGCUGCUACGGCCUCUGUGAUUGGCUCAGAAUGCAGCUAUUACAAAAUGUGGCGAUUGGGCGAAAUGCGACGAUGUCUAGAAUAUCACACAGGAAGACCAUUGCGCUGUUGUUGCGAACUUGUGCCGUGUCACUCCAAUGAUAGCUUCUCGGAACCAGUUUUGAUGCUUAAGAUAUAUUAUUCGCUAAUAAAGGGCCCCUCACCAGGAUUUGUAUAAAAUUUUGGUUAUGCUCUGGAAGUUGUACAGUCGCGUCAGGGGAGCCUUCUACCGCAAGAAAUUUUAAAAAGAGCUUAUUAAUAGUGGAAAUAGAAGCAAAUGAAAUAGUGCAAGGCAGCAGUUCAAGAAGCACACCUUCCUGCCCCGCAGUUCUUUUUCUCCCACUGUCACCUCCAGGGUUUAAGGUCUCCCCCCCCCCCCUUGAGUGAAGGGGGGGGGGCGAGUCCUCAUAGGGCGGCGACCAGUAUAGCACGCGCACAUUACAAUCACACAAGCUCAUAAAAUAUAUAUACCUAUCAACCGAUUAAUCGCUAUGAAAUCAUUAUUUGAAAAAUCGCAGAGCUUGAAGUGCUCCGCAGAAGGCACUACUGGUAAUAAAACCACGUCCAGCGCUUGUCGAAUGGGUACCGCCGUGGACCUGGCAAGAGGAGGCGGAACCCCUCCUUCAAAAGCAAGAAAGUGGGGCCUGCCCCCUCCCCCCGACUGUCUCGACCAGUGUCUGUAAUGGUCCGUAAGCAACAUCCGGCAUAAACAAUGUUACGUGACUUCCCUGUGUUCUCUCGUAACGGAGCCGAACACCUAGGUGACCUUGGCGUCGCGAUCCAAGGAGGAGGGAAAUAACAUAGGAGGGAGCGCAAUUACGUCGCGCAUCCAGAGCCUUCGCGAGUCAACUCUCCGCGAAGCCGAAAGCUUCCUUCGCUCUCUCUUCCUCAGAAAUUCGGCCCGUCAUGUGACCCUGCGCUUGACGAACAUGGCCCCGUGUGCAUGGUUCCCGGUAGGUAUAAAGCCUGCUGGUGACACUGUCUAGUCUUUUGUUAUUUGUGCGUUAAGACUGGCGCUGAUCCUGUCCCAUUUUUGUUCGCUUCCUAAAAUGCUUUAGUCAAUUUAGCAGCGUUAAAUACUGCUGCUGCGUCUGUGUCUCAACGUCUUUUAAAUUUUAUCGUGUAAGCAAACCUCUGUUGUCAAGCAACCUUAAUUGCCCUGAUAUGCCAGGUAGCGAAAACCCCUUGCCCUGUACUCAUCAUCAUCAUCUGUGUAAUAAAUUUUGUUGCCUUC